AUGGGUUCUUAUGUUUCUCCAACGCGGGAGCUCCGAACAUUGGCACAAUGUCCCCAGCUGGCUAUAUCACAAGCCAAAGAUGAUCCCGACAUCAGAGCCAGAUACCGUCCCUUUCUGCUAGAUGCAGAGCUCGAAGCUACGGAUUGGAUCUCUCAGUUGGAAUUAGCGACUGCAAUUGCCACGGCGGAGGAGAAUUUAGCAAAGACCGAAUCCAGGUUAAACGUUCUGGUGCUCUAUGGAAGCUUGCGGAAACGCUCCUAUUCCAAACUAAUGGCCUUCGAAGCCUCCCGCAUUCUUCACCGUCUCGGCUGUGACGUUCGCAUUUUCAACCCGAGCGAACUCCCUAUUCGCGACUCUGUCGACGCCUCGCACCCUUUGGUUCAAGAGCUACGUUCCCUAUCUCUCUGGUCCGACGGGCACAUCUGGUGUUCGCCUGAACAGCACGGAAACUUCACUGCUGUCUUCAAAAACCAAAUAGACUGGAUCCCUUUAUCGACAGGUUCGGUGAGGCCUACGCAAGGCCGCACACUAUCCGUGAUUCAGGUCAACGGUGGAACAAUUUGA